GCUAAACAUAGCCAACUCUCUCAACCGUUUAUCAUAAGGCUUCCAGACCCUUGAUCAUCUUGGUUGCCCUCCACUGCACAUGUUCCAUGCUAUUGCUUCCCUUGUUCUGGGCACUAUACGUCUGAUGAUGCAACCUAGAAUAAUGUUAGCUUUUCCACUGCUACAUCAUACUGUUGACUCAUGUUAAGCUUGUGGUCUACUAAGCCUCCUAGAUCCUUUACACAUGUAUUACUGGCAAGCCACAUGUCCCGCAUCUUAAAGUUGUGCAGCUGGUUCAUCCUGCCUAAGUUUCGAACCUGACAUUUGCAUGCCAAGGCCCCGUGACCAAGUCACUCCUUAUGUAUUGAGUCACCUGAUAAGACAUUAGCAUACAGAUUUUGGGUUCAAAGAGGUCACAACUUUAUCGGAUACAGAUGUAAAAGGUUUGGCAUAGGCAUUGGGUGAAGACAUUUAACUAAAUCCAGCCCAUCUUCUAGGGUGCUUAUCUAAGGGUAACUGACACCAUGGGAAGAGGAGACUAUGACCUACAUCAAAUAGGGGUACCCCUUGAGGGUUCCCUUUGGAGGAGUGCUAUGGCAUCCCAACAGAAGCAACGCCUUGCAGAUCCCUUAAACAGGUUUCCCUCAACUAAGGAGGGGCAGGCAGAGGCUACAACCUCCCCUCCAGCUAAGACUAAGGCUUACCCAAUACCUAACCUAACAAGGUUAUGGCGAUUGCUGUGAAGUAGGUGAAAACCAAGUGGUUGGUGCUAAUUUGCCAAGUGCACAAAGUCCAGCUUGGUCCUAAAAAGUCCAUAGCAAAGUUUUAGCAAGAAAGAAAAAACAUAUGAAAAAAGAAUAGAAGGGUGGGAUAUACGACGGAAAAGCUGAGAUUCCCGAACAAGAGACUGAGCUGUUGUUAAUCUAAAACUAUAGGCCAAUUUCGUUAUUAAGUAACGAUUAUAAAUUAUUUGCAAACAUAUUAGCCAAUAGAAUGAAAGGAAUAUUGUUAGAUAUAAUACAUCAUGACCAAGCAGAAUUUCUUCUAGGUCGUCAGAUGAAAGAUAAUAUAAAGAAUGUAAUUAAUGUCAUAGAGUACGUGGAGGUAGGAAAUGAAAAACAAGCAGCCUUGAUGUUUAUUGACACUGAAAAUAAUAUUUCUUGGUCAUUUAUGCAUAAGGUUUUAGAAGAGUUGAAUUUCGGGGAAAGGUUCAGAAGAGGAAAAGAUGCAAUUUAUUCAAAGCAACAAGCAAGAUUAAUUGUGGAUAGUGUUAUUACUGAGAAAUGCAAAAUUUUGAAAGAGGCAAGACAAGAAUGCCCCUUGUCACCAUUAUUGUUUAUCUUAGUAUUAGAGGUUCUGGUGAGAAAUAUAAGAGCAGAAGAAACCAUCAGAGGAAUAAAAGUAGGAAAUAAGGCAUAUAAAUUUAAAGCAUUCGCGGAUGACCUUGUAAUAACAGUUGAAGACCCUAUAAUCUCAUUACCAAAAGUAUUAGGAAAAAAUACUGGAAUUUGGACAAGUAUCAGGUUUUAAAUUGAAUAAAAAUAAGGCUAAGCUUUUAGUGAAGAAUGUUUCAGAGCAAGAUAAAAAGGAGAUACAGCAGAAGAGAUAAGUAUGUAUAAAAAAGUUAAAUAUUUGGGAAUAUGGUUGACAGUCAAGAAUAUUACUACAUUUGGAGAUAAUUUUGAAAAAUUAUGGAAAUAAAAAAAAAGGAAUUUAGAAAUUUGGGGAAGGAUGAGUUUGUCAUUAUUGGGUAGAAUUUCAGUAAUUAAGAUGAACGUAUUGCCAAAAAUCUUGUUUUUAUUUCACUCAAUCCCGGUGGUAAGCAGUGUGAGCUGUUUCAAAGAAUGGCAAAAAGACAUUAGAAGAUUUAUCUGGAGGGGGCGGGGAACCAAGAAUUAAACAUAAAUUAUUAAUAGAUGUUAAAGAUAGAAGAUAGAAUCUCUUCCAACUCUAUGAUUCUAUGAUUCUAUGAUUCUAUGAUUCUAUGAUUCUAUGAUUCUAUGAUUCUAUGAUUCUAUGAUUCUAUGAUUCUAUUCUAGGUUUCUCUCUACUGGAUUUAAGAUUAUAAAGCAUCAUGCAUUUCCUGAAUAUGGGAUUGGAUAAAUUUAACAAAUGCUGAUUUGUUAGAUUUGGAAGGUCAUGAUAAUAGAGUUGGUUGGCAUGGGUAUCUAUGGUAUCAUAAGGCAAAAGUUCACAAAGGAUUCUAUAAUCAUAUAAAAGAAACUCGAUUCUUAAAGUCUGGGAGAAAUACAAAGAUCUGUUAGAACAGAAAACACCAUGGUGACUUUCCCCAUUAGAAGCAAGAUCUUUGAAAACAGUGAAUAUGAGGACAAAUUGACCGACAUAUAGAGAGCUGUUAACAGAAACAGACAACCAAUUAAAAUUAAAAGAUUUUGAAGAAGUUAGAGAAAAAGUAAUAGUCAUUUUCAAUUAUAUGAAACUUUUAAAAAUGAUAAAAAUAAAUGAUUUAGUUAUGAAGUCCAGUCCGGCUUCCACGCUGGUCAUGGGACCGAGACGGCUCUGGUCGCCCUAACAGAUGAUCUCCGCAGGCAGCUGGAUCGAAGCGGGUCGGGGCUGAUGAUUCUUCUAGACCUGUCAGCAGCCUUUGACAUGGUCGAUCACGAACUCCUGGACCACCGCCUUGCCGAUAUGGGGAUUCAGGGCACAGUCCUUCAAUGGCUGCGCUCGUUUCUCUCUGGUCGGGGACAGAGGGUGGCGCUUGGGGGGGGGGAAUUGUCAUCGCGCCACUCCUUGGUGUGUGGAGUGCCCCAGGGUGCGAUACUCUCCCCGAUGCUUUUUAACAUCUUUAUGCGCCCCCUCGCCCAGCUUGUCCGGAGUUUUGGGCUGGGCUGCCAUCAGUAUGCUGAUGACACCCAACUCUAUCUGUUGAUGGAUGGCCAUCCUGACUCGGCCCCAGACACACUGACCAGAUGUCUUGGAAGCUGUGGCUGGAUGGUUACGUGGGAGCCGGUUGAAGUUAAAUCCUUCAAAGACAGAGGUCCUCUGGCUGGGACGGGACGAUAUGGGAUUGAGGGGGCAACUCCCAUCUCUUGUGGGGGUGCAAUUAGUGCCAGCACUGUCCGUUAAGAGUUUGGGUGUAAUCCUCGAUACCUCCCUCUCCAUGGAGGCGCAGAUUGCAGCUAUAACAAAGGUGGCAUUUUUUCAUCUCCGCCAAGCUAAGCAGUUGGCUCCUUACCUCUCUCGCCCUGACCUAGCCACUGUGAUCCACGCGACGGUCACCUCCAGACUGGAUUACUGUAACUCGCUCUACGUGGGGCUGCCCUUGAGACUGACCCAGAAACUCCAGCGGGUGCAGAAUGCCGCAGCGAGACUCCUUACGGGGUCUUCACUGCGAGAUCACAUUCAUCCGGUGCUAUACCAGCUGCACUGACUCCCGGUGGAGUACAGGAUCAGGUUUAAGGUGCUGGUUUUAACCUUCAAAGCCCUAUACAGCCUAGGACCCUCGUACCUACGGGACCGCCUCUCCUGGUAUGCCCCACAGAGGAACUUACGGUCUUCAAACAAAAACAUCUUGAAGGUCCCAGGCCACAGAGAGGUUAGGCUGGCCUCAACUAGAGCCAGGGCUUUUUCGGCUGUGGCUCCGAUCUGGUGGAACGCUCUGUCACAAGAGACUAGGGCCCUGCAGGACUUGACAUCUUUCCGCAGGGCCUGCAAGACAGAGCUGUUCCACCAGGCCUUUGGUCAGGGCGCAGCCUGACUCCCUCCUUUGGCAAUCUUUACAAAACUUUAGUUUAUGGUUGCCAUCAAUUUUGAUUUUAAUUAAUUUUUAUAAUGUUCUUAUAAUGUUGCACUAUUUUAGUGUUGUUAGCCGCCCUGAGCCCGGCUUCAGCUGGGGAGGGCGGGAUAUAAAUAUUAUUUAUUAUUAUUAUUAUUAAAUAGUAGAAGGUAGGACAAAAUUGCUGUCAAAAAUAUACAAUCUGUUCUUGGAGUGGGACACCAAAGAGGAACAGGUCAAAUGUGUUAUGAUAAAAUGGGUGAAAGAUGUGGGACAUAAUAUACUAAUGAUGGAUUGGGAAAGGCUUUGGAAGUCAGAUAUGAAAUUUACUGCAUGCACUCUACUGAAAGAGAACUAUUUGAAAAUGAUGUAUCGGUGGUAUCUAACCCUGGUUAAAUUAGCAAAAAUGUAUAGAACAAGAUCUAAUAAGUGUUGGAAAUGUAGAGAAACAGAGGAUACAUUUUAUCAUAUGUGGUGGGAAUGUAGGAAGGUUAAAAACAAAUGGGAAAUGAUUUAUAAUGAAAUGAGAGAAAAAAAUGUUUACAGCAACCUUUGUUAAAAAACCAGAAGCCUUUUUAUUAGGUAUUGGAGGAGCAGAGAUUCCAAAAGACCAGAAAAAAAUGUUUAUGUAUGCUACGACAGCUGCCCGGAUACUGUUAGCCCAAAGAUGGAAAGAGGAAGCAGUCCCAACGAAAGAAGAUUGGCAAACCAAAUUAAUAGACUAUGCUGAAAUGGUGAAACUAACUGGAAAGCUCAGAAAUCAAGACGACAAGAAAUUUUAAAAAGAAUGGGAAAUGUUUAUUACCGUAUGUAUUUGCAAGAGUUUUGUAAACCGAUUGAUACAUUGGCAGGAUUUUAAGAACACUUGUAAUUUUAGAAAUUGUACAGGAAAUCUGAGGUAAAAAAAAUAAUUUGGAGUAGAAAUGAUAUGCAGAUGAAAAGGAAUUUAGUGAACCAGGGGUGGGGGGAGUCACGGGAUUUGUAGAAUCCCAUUUUAUGGAUUUAAUAUUAUUUUUGUGUAUAAUUUUCUUUGUGGUUGUUAUUGUUUGCUUUAUUUUUGUUAUUUUUGUUGGAAAAUUAAUAAAAAUAUUUUAAAAAUGGAAGAAAAAACAGAUGAAAAAGGAAUCGGAGGGUGGGAGAUACGAGGGAAAAACCGAGGUGUGCUGGGCUGGCCUCAAGCUAUUCUCCUUGGGCAGACCCAAGUGAUGUGCAUUGGCUAGUUGGGCCUGUCCCUUAGGUAAUCCCCAGAUGCAGGCUUGCCUGCCACUGGCCAAUCCACAGGCAGGCUUGCAGUCCUCCCCAGCCAGCCACUGGAUCGCUGACGUGGGGCUGUGGCCAGACUGCAAUGCCAUCUGACCAUUUAAGGUGAGCAGACUUGUCCCUAUUGAACUUAUUGUUUUUUAUUUGGGCUUGGUUUUCCAAUCUCAUUUGAUCAUCCUAAAUCCUAAUUCUGCCCAACUUUGGCAGCAUUAGUUACCCUUCCCAGUUUGGAUUCAUCUGCAAAUUGGAUUAGUAUCAUCUCAAUUCGUUCAUCCAAGUCAUUCAUAAAGGUAAAAGGGACCCCUGACGUGGACGACUCUGGGGUUGCAGUGCUCAUCUCACUUUAUUGGCCGAGGGAGCCAGCGUACAGCUUCUGGGUCAUGUGGCCAGCAUGACUAAGCCGCUUCUGGAGAACCAGAGCAGCGCACGGAAACGCCGUUUACCUUCCCGGUACCUAUUUAUCUACUAGCACUUUGACGUGCUUUCGAACUGCUAGGUUGGCAGGAGCAGGGACCGAGCAACGAGAGCUCACCCCAUCAUGGGGAUUAGGACUGCCGACCUUCUGAUCGGUAAGUCCUAGGCUCUGUGGUUUAACCCACAGCGCCACCGCAUCUCUAAGUCAUUCAUAAAGAUGUUGAAAUAAAUAAAAACUUUUUUGAAAAGGAUUAAGAAACACUUCCCCCAAAAAAAUCUUUAAAAGAAUCAAGUCCUUAAAAAAAUUUUUUUUCCUAAAAAAGUAUUUAAAAGAAUCCACAAAAUUGUCCAGUAGCACCUUAGAGUUUGUUCUGGGUAUGAGCUUUUGUGUGCAUGCACACUUCUUCAGAUACUCUGAAACAGAAGUCACCAGACCCUCAUAUAGUGAGAGAGUGGGGAGAGGUAUUUCUCAGAAUGGUAGUGGGAAUGCGUGAUUGGCUAAUAGGUAUGGUAAACCUUCCAUCCAAGAUUGAGGGGGACCAUCACGCACCACACAGGUGUGAUGUCACACAGGUGCAAAGCCAUUUUGUCAGGAGGAGACCGAGGAUGGAGCCCAGCAGCUUUAAUGCCGGCGGCUCCUCUUGUCUCCUGCUCCGGAGGAACCGGCCACUGAAACCAAGCCACGCUCAGCUUCCUCCACCCUCUCAACAUUGUGGAGCCCUGCCCUAUGUCAACAGAUAUUGUGGGAGCCAAAGUAAGCUUGGCCCCAUAGAGUGAGCGCCCCUGGUGAUUGAACAUUUUGACCAUGAGACUAAUAGUUACUUCCCAUUUAAGCAAAACAUAAAGUGCCAAUAUUGGUGUGCUGAUUUCAUGUUUGUUUGUUUUUGUAUUCUUAACAUGUAUAUUCUCUUUUCCCAAAAUCUUUCACAGGAGGUCUUUGUGGAUGGUAGAUUUUUCUCCACUAUAAUGCAGCCCACUUUUCUAAUCCCAACCUUGUUUUGUUGGAUCAUUCUUGAGUUUUUGUAAACAAGUUUUGCUCCACCCAAGCACCUGUGCAAGGAACCACAUAGAGAGUUUGUGAUCCAUUGGAGAGGCGAUUCUUCCCCUUAUCAUUGUGUAAAUGAUGGUGAUUUAGUUCUCUAAUUCUGCCAAAGCUCAAGGGACUUCCCUGAAUAUCACAUCUGAGACCAUUAGCAGAAACUGCCAGAUUUGGGAGCAACAAGAUGCAAUUUCUUGCAUCAAGCCUGAAAAAGGUCGAGGUAUAAACAUGUUGCACUCCACUGAGAUCUUGGGUUGGGGGUUUCAAAAUAGCAGGGAUGCUGUCAGUGUGAUAUCACCCUCUUUGAAUGAGAAGCCCUGGUGGGACGUCAUCUGUAUUAGAAAAAUCAUUGAUAGCAGGCAGCUUUGUUCAGUUUUGGCUUCUUUCAAGCAAGCAGGCAAGAGGGAAGUGAGUGACAGCCUCAGACAUGUCCAUGAUAAUACUACUUCUGCUCUACAACGUCUAUGGGCAGCUGAAGGGAAAAUGUCCCUUGAAUUUAGUGAGAGAUCAGUAUCAUCCCUUGAACUACUAUAGCGCAGGAGACCAUCUCAUCGGUGGGAUUUUCCCCACACAAACUGGAGCAUCCUGGCCAGUCUCGUUCUCCCAGGUUCCUUCUAUCCACAUAUCUCCGUAAGUACCAUAAAUUAUGUGGGGAUGAGUUUAAUGGUAGGAAACCAUAAAUCUAAUGCUUUAAACCUCUUUAAAAGAGUUGGUGGGUAUUUCCUUGCAUCGGUCCCUGCUAAAUCCCAGUCUCUUCAUAUGUCUCUGUUUUGCAAUGUGAUUCUGGAAGGGAGCAAUAUGAACCCUCCAGUAAUACGAACCCUUCACCAUCUUGUUUUGAAUAGCACACUCUGAUAACAGAUUAAAGCUUUUACCUGACCCAUAAGAUUGGGCCCUGAUGUAUGUCUCCAAAUCCCCUGGAUCAAUGCUUUAUUUCCUUUUGCCUUGCUGUUUAUUGGUUUUAAGUUGCAUUUUCAAUUUUAUUAUUGUAUCAUGACAUAGUAUGAAAAGUCUUUCUGGUAAGGCUGUACAAUCUUAGAAGGUGGCAUGGCUGUGACUGUCAUGAUAGAAACCUUCGCUUCUGAACAUACCACUACAUUAUUGGAUAGACACAUCUAUCCUAAGGGAUCUAAGGCUAAGGGAGCUGGGCAUGUUUAGCCUGGAGAAGAGGAGGUUAAGGGGUGAUAUGAUAGCCAUGUUCAAAUAUAUAAAAGGAUGUCACAUAGAGGAGGGAGAAAGGUUGUUUUCUGCUGCUCCAGAGAAGCGGACACGGAGCAAUGGAUCCAAACUACAAGAAAGAAGAUUCCACCUAAACAUUAGGAAGAACUUCCUGACAGUAAGAGCUGUUUGACAGUGGAAUUUGCUGCCAAGGAGUGUGGUGGAGUCUCCUUCUUUGGAGGUCUUUAAGCAGAGGCUUGACAACCAUAUGUCAGGAGUGCUCUGAUGGUGUUUCCUGCUUGGCAGGGGGUUGGACUCGAUGGCCCUUGUGGUCUCUUCCAACUCUAUGAUUCUAUGAUUCUAUCUGCCUUGCCUUUUGGUGAGGAUUGUCCCAACAUUUGAAGGUGGGUUGGCUAUUAAAAGCCUGUUUAUGACUGAACGUGAGUAUCACCCUAAAACUAAAUUUGUAUUGCUUGAAAAUUCCCUUCAUGUAGCAGAGUGCGGAAAGUUACAUGUGUUGUUAAAUUGAGGGUGAUGAUACAGAAUAUAUGAUAUCUUGCAGAAGUAAAGACAUAGAUUUACUCCACAAUCUGGCCUUCCUGCUCGCCAUCCACGAGAUCAACCAGAAUCCCAGGCUCUUACCCAACAUCACCCUGGGCUACAAUAUCUUUGAGAACUAUCACAAUGCAAGAAUCACAUACGACGCCAUGGUAGAGCUGCUCUAUACCAGACAUGCAAGUAUUCCAAACUACAGCUGUGGAAGGCAGAAUAACCUGCUGGCUGUCCUAGAAGGUGCUGAUUCUGAAAUCGCUGUCCAUAUUUCAAACAUGUUGGGCAUCUACAAAAUCCCACAGGUGUGAAAUGGGGUGCACUUUAAUUUCACUUUGCUUUGAAUGGCCUUGUUCUCUGUCUGAUGGGCAAAGUUACUGUCAGUCUCAAGCUUUAUUUGUCCUUUCAACAGCCUUCUUUCUUUCUAAAUCCUUCUGGAUUACAGGGUGUUGAAUUUCGCUCCAAUCCACACAGAAUCAAUACAACAGAGAGUCUAUUGACAUAAUGUUAGUCUGACUAGGGUUUGGUCACCAAGUGUAGCCCAAGGCUGCAACUGAAUCCAACAUACCUGGGGCUAAUUCCCAAGAAAUUCUAUGUCUUGCUUUUUAGCAGACCUGGUUAAGAUUGUUCCUGGCACAAGUUCUCUCUCUCUCUCUCUCUCUCUCUCUCUCUCUCUCUCUCUCUAUAUAUAUAUAUAUUUGAUAUGGAAAUUCUGUGAUAUGGGGAUGAGAUGCAUACAAGAGGAUUCAAUGGAAGUCAAGCAAGACACUUUUCUCUUCCAUUCCCUUCCAGGUUAGUUAUGGGUUUGUCUCGCAUGACAUCAAUGAUAAAACUCAGUUUCCUUUUUUCUACCGGAUGCUCCCCAAAGAUGACCACCAAUACACAGGGAUUGUCAAGUUGCUCCUGCAUUUCAGAUGGACGUGGAUCGGUCUCUUUGCUCCAGACAAUGACAACGGAGAAAGGUUCGUGAGGUCCUUGACCCCUCUGCUCACCUCGAAUGGGAUUUGUGCUGCCGUCUCACACAGAAUCCCAGAAAUGACUCGGUAUGAAGUGAAAAUUCAGGUUGAUUCAUUUCUCACAUGGAGACAAGUCAAUGUAUUUGUUCACUAUGCAGAGACUCGUUCUUUCUUCAGCGGAAUACUCUUUAUAAAUCAAAUACUCACAUUGUGGCUACAGUCCACUGAGGGGAAAGUCUGGAUCACAACUGCUUUGUGGAACAUCACCCCAACGUUGUCUGACUGGAGAUUACGUUUCCAGCACCGCCACUGUUUCUUUUCCUUCUUAAUUCAGACGGAGAUUGCCCUAAAACAUGACAAUUUUGACUUCAAACGCUUAGUUCCUUACUGGAAGGAAGUGUUUGAUUGUUUCUUUUCAAAGCACUUGUUUUCUGCGAAAGAACGUCACAGAUGUGAACAAAAGGGGGAAUUGCCCCUGGAUAUCCUUGUGCAGAGUCUUUCUCCAGACAACUACAACAUCUAUAGCAGUGCGUAUGCUGUGGCACAUGCCUUAAAUGCUGCUUACUCAUCCAGAUCCAAGCAGGUGGCAAUGAUGGGUGGAGGAGACGGGCGGAGGCUUCAGAGGCUACAGCCAUGGCAGGUAUUCCUUUUUCCAUAAAUGAUAGUACUAAUGAAAUGUGCAAAAGUGUUCUAUCAUUAUUUAGAACAGGCUUUGUGGAGAUCCCACAACCACCCUCCACUUCUUCAAUAUUUAUGCAUUUUGGAAGGGUAUCUCACCAAUCAGGGCUUGUUUGUUUUUUGCGGGUUGGGGGUGGCAUUGCUACAGAAAAAGCAACAACCUUUUCUUAUAUUUCUAACCCAUGGUGGAGGAACUUCUGAGGCGGCCAAAUUUAACGUGUGUGUGUAUUAAAGCGAUGAAAGGGAAAGGGGGGAAAGAGGAAGAAGGAAAGUGCAGGAAAGUGCAAGAAUUACAAUAAGAAAUAUAUAAUAUGAUACAGUAACUAUAAUCAAUUACAUUUCAUGGAAUCUUAGAGUUGGAAGGGAUCCAAGGGCUAUCUAGUUUAACCCCUUGCAAUGCAGGAAUAGUUCCCAUACAUUGUUAUAUAGAUAUAUGAAAAAUAUAUGAAGCUGGGAUACAACACCAGACUUUGGAAAAAGAAACCACAUUUGCUGUUAUGGAACAUAUAUCAAGGUUUAUUUGAUUUUUUGCUGUAUGCAGGGAUGUAAAGUGGCAGCUGAUUAGUAAAUACUGGGGGAGUCAUCUAGAGACUAAUUAAGAUUAUGCGUAGGAACAGGAACAGGGGAUCAUCAUGGACAUAUCUUAUAAGGAGAGCAGGAAGCCAGUUUUGGAAUUAUAUUACCUUGUAUUAAAUUGAAACAGUUCGGCAAGAUUUGUAAUCAUUUGGAAAAUUGAUAACAAAUAAUAAUUGGAAAAUGCGGCAAGAUUUGGUUACAAUCAGAGCAACGAAACAUAAUUUCCCAUAAAAGAAUUUCACGUUUCUCCCCAUCCCCAAAUGGGAAGCACUGAAGUGAUGUUCUUUUUAUCCAUGUGUCGUUCUAGUUCCACUCAUUUCUGAAGAGCUUUGGAUCUUACAACGCCACCAUGGAUGGGGAGGGGGAGUUGGCCGCCGACUUUGAUAUUUUUACCAGGGUGGUGUGGCCCAACACUUCUGUGGCUUCUGUGAAAAUUGGGAGUCUCAGGCAGCAAGCACCUCCAGACAAAAGGUUCAGCAUUGACGAAGAUGCCAUUGUGUGGCUUGCGCAGCUUGUUCAGGUGAGGAAAACCAAGGGUUAAGAAUCCCAGUUAUUCAGUGCCUUCAGAACACUGUUGUUGUUUAGUCAUUUAGUCAUGUCCGACUCUUUGUGACCCCAUGGACCAGAGCACGCCAGGCACUCCUGUCUUCCACUGCUUCCCGCAGUUUGGUCACACUCAUGCUGGUAGCUUCGAGAACACUGUCCAACCAUCUCGUCCUCUGUCGUCCCCUUGUGCCCUCCAUCUUUCCCAACAUCAGGGUCUUUUCCAGGGAGUCUUCUCUUCUCAUGAGGUGGCCAAAGCAUUGGAGCCUCAGCUUCAGGAUCUGUCCUUCCAGUAAGCACUCAGGACUUAUUUCCUUCAGAAUGGAUAGGUUUGAUCUUCUUCCAAUUCAUGAGACUCUCAAGAGUCUCCUCCAGCACCAUAAUUCAAAAGCACUUCAGAACACUAGGUGGGGGUUAUUUGCAGAAACACCCGGUGAGCCCCUCACCCUACUGCAGUAAAUAUUAAGACUCUUCUCAUCCUAAGGCAUUUCAUAGAAUCACAGUAUUGCACAGCUGGAAGGGAUCCUAAGGGUCAUCUAGUCCAACUCUCUGCAAUGCAGGAAUCUCAGCUAAAGCAUUCAUGAGAGAUGGCCAUCGAACUUCUGCUUUAAAACUGCCAGCGAAAGUGUCCACAACCUCCCGAGGGAGACCAGGAAGUUCUUUCUGAUGUUUCAUUGGAAUCUCCUUCCUUGUAACUUGAAGGCAUUGGUUCCGGUCCUACCCUCCGGAGCAGGAGAAAACAAGCUUGCUCCAUCUUCCAUGUGGCAGUGAAGCUUUGCAUCCAUCUCAUUGCUUAAUUUGCCCCAGAUUGGACUAGAUGCUGAUAUCACUUUAGAGAAUGCAUUUACAACAGAUCAAUGA